UGCCCUCGCCCCUCUCUCCUGCCUUCUCACCAAACCUCAUCUGCUUCAAGCGAGGAUACAUUUGGAAGCUUUCAUCUUCUUCAACAAGUUAAGGUUUUUUUCUGGAGUACUGGUUUCUUGGUUUUCUCUCAAAUGCUAUCUCUGUGAUUUUGGUGAGAUGGGUAAGAAUGGAUCACAUGCAAGAACAAUUAGAGAAGAAAUUAAGGGAAAAAAGGCUUCAAACAUUAGUGGGACUCAUAACCUAAAUUCUCUGAAGAGAAUUCAACAUUUGCACAGAUUGGCUACAUGGUUUUCUGGAAAAGCUUCUGUACCUUCUCUGGGCGCUCUCUUAGGACAUAGAUUGGCUGCUCAUGAAAAGGCCCUUGGGAUACCACCUAUUGAAUCAACUUUCUUUUCUUGCCAAAGAUGCAAAACCAUUCUUCAGCCUGGUUUUAACUGCACUGUUCGAGUAGAAAGAAAUAGAAGCAAAAAGCGCCGUGCCAAGCCUGGCUCUGCCCCACAAAACAAUGUCAUAUACAUUUGUUCUUUUUGCUUCUACAGGAACAUAAGAAGAGGAACGCCUCGGGGUCACGUGAAGGCACUUUUUGCCCAAAGACCUGAUCUUGAGGUAGGAAGAGAAGGAGAAGAAGAAAUCGAGGGUGGGAUACCCAAUCAUGAGAUAGAAAGAGAAAUGGGUACUGAAAACCCAAUAGAAAAAUAUGGACGGAUAUUGAAAACAGAUGAUAAUAUUGUCAAUUUGGUGGGAAAUGACAAAUACAUGCAAGAGAGCAAAAGAGAAUCCAGCAACGCAAAACAAAAUCAAGAGAGAGUAAAAGAGCCCAGCACUGGAGAACCACAGCAAAACCCUGUCAAAAAAGCUGGCACGAAACCGAUAACAGAUGGGAAAUCUGGCUUUGUAGAGAGAGCUGAGGCCAUUAUCGACUCUCCCAUGUUAAAGACCAUGGCAACUCCAUUAGGAAAACCAGUUUGUGUUUCCUCAAUGGAGAGUGGGUCUGGAUCGAAUGCUUCGACUGGAAAUUCACGGAAGCGGAGGAGGAAAUCAUGGUCAAGUCUGAAAGAGCUAGCAACCGCUGGCAAGGCAAUUCCAUUUAUGGGAUGAGAUAGAUGGCUUGUCGAGUUUUGUUUUAUUUUGUGAAAUAAUUUAUUGCUUUUUGAUGGAAUGAGGAUUUCUAUUGAGUUUGUUUUAGUUGUUAGGGCAUGUUGUUCUUAACAUCCACCUGAUCAAAUAUUUUUCCCCUUUUCUGUUUUACACUUUCAUCUUAUUGACUUACUGUUGUUUGUGUAUCAAUUUCAAAGAGGAAGUUGGGGAGUUGAGAUUUUAUAAUUGACUGGUGAUGCUUUCCCAUAAAAGAAAGCAAAUGAGUAAUUCAACAAUUCUUUUUAUGA